UUCCCCACUUCCUGAAACCAAAGCCGUUGAGGAGAAACGCUUGGGCCGGAAUUCGGGAUUUUCAGAGUCACAUUGCUGGUCUUAAGUGUUUCUCCCUUUCUCUGGGAUAAAAGUACCUCAGCCUUCAAGGGGCCUCUUUAUUGAGAAUCAAUGCCUCUCCUAGGUAAUUGAUCACCGUAGACCCAGGGACACUCAAUUCAUCCUGGAGGGUGGGCGAUCAUCAUGAAUAAUCAAGAUGCUGUGGUUUCGAUGUUGCGUGAAUGUAAGCGAGUACUGGAUCGUCUCUUGCUGGAAACGCCAGAUGUGUCUGCAGAGGACAAGAGUGAGGACCAGCGGUGCAGAGCCUCGCUCCCCAGAGAGUUAAGGACCCUGAUCCAGGAGGCAAAGGAAAUGAAGUGGCCCUUCGUGCCUGAAAAGUGGCAGUACAAACAAGCCGUGAGCCCAGAGGACAAAACAAACCUGGAAGAUGUGAUUGGCGCCAGGCUGCAGCAGUUACUGGCGGCCUUGCGAGCCUCCAUCCUUGUCCGGGACUGCGCUGCCGCCGCCGCUAUUGUCUUCUUGAUGGACCGGUUCCUGUACGGACUCGACGUCUCGGGAAAACUCCUGCAGGUCGCCAAAGGCCUGCACAAGUUGCAGCCUGCAACGCCCAUCGCCCCGCAGGUGGUCAUCCGUCAAGCCCGGAUCUCCGUCAACUCAGGGAAACUGCUGAAGGCGGAGUACAUCCUGAGCAGCCUGAUAACCAACAACGGAGCAACCGGUACUUGGCUGUAUAGAAAUGAAAGUGAUAGAGUCCUGGUGCAGUCGGUCUGUAUACAAAUCAGAGGACAAAUUCUGCAAAAGCUAGGCAUGUGGUACGAAGCGGCAAAGUUGAUAUGGGCCUCGGUCGUAGGCUAUUUGGCACUCCCUCAGCCGGAUAAAAAAGGAAUUUCCACAUCACUGGGUAUACUGGCAGACAUCUUUGUUUCCAUGAGCAAAACAGAUUAUGAAAAGUUUAAGAACAGCCCACAGGUUAACUUGGCCUUGCUCAAGGAGUUUGACCACCAUUUGUUGUCAGCGGCAGAAGCCUGCAAACUAGCAGCAGCCUUCAGUGCCUACACACCCCUGUUUGUGCUCACAGCUGUGAAUAUCCGUGGCACAUGCUUAUUGUCGUACAGUUGCUCUACUGACUGUCCUCCGGCAAUGAAAAGUGUGUGUCUGUGUGACGCCAAAGAGGCUUUUGAGAUUGGCCUCCUGACUAAGAAAGAUGGCGAGCCGGUUAGUGGGAAGCAAGAGCUGCACAGCUUCAUCAAAGCCGCCUUCGGCCUCACCACGGUACACUGCAGACUCCAUGGGGAGACAGAUGCAGUCCGCACGGCCAGGCUGCUCUGCAGGGAAGCCGUGGGUAAGCUGUACACCUUUAGCACUUCCUCCACAAGUCAGGAGAGAGAUGCCCUGUCUCAGGAAAUCAUGUCUCUUGUCAGCCGGGUGAAGGGACAUUUACAAGUUCAAAGCUUCCCAAACUUAGAUGAUAGAUCUUACGUCCCAGAGAGUUUCAAAUGUGACUUGGAUAAGCCUAUCUUGCAAGGGCACGUGGACUUCCAGCAAAUUCUUGAAACCUAUUCCCAACACCAUACUUCAGUAUGUGAGGUAUUCGAAAGCACUUGUGGGAACAGCAAAAGCAACCAAAGAGACACAAAACCAGAGGUGUGUAUCACUGCUCUGAAAACAGAAACAAACACCAUAGAUACUAUGGGUACUUCUCUAGAGAAACUGUGCUCUCAAGAGAGCAGGAGUGUAGCUUCCUCCCAGAUGGCUGAGAAAGACCAAGAGAAGCUCAAAAGAGUAAGGAGGAGAAACUGGACCCAUUCUGAGGCAUUUAGGGUCUCCCUGGAUCAAGAUAUGGGGACUGAGACUGAGCUGCCAGGCCACAGCAAUGGCAGGGCAGGUGUUCCCCGCAUGUCUCUGAGUGACAGCCAUAGCUCCAGUUCUUGGAGCAAACUGUCAGGGCUCAGCUCUUCUGCAAGCUGGGAGGAAGUGAACUGUGGUGUUGAGGGUAUGGUAAGGAAAGAGCCCAACAAAGAAGACCAUCUUGUGGACACUCAGUGCUCCACGGCCAUGUCUGAGGAGCCCAAGAGCGACAGAAGCUGCAAAGCUACACACCUGUUGUUUUCAAAGAUGCAUGGUGUCUCUCUUCAGGAAACUGAAGGUCGCAACCUAGAGUCUUCACAAAGUCAGUUGCACAAACACUCGUCCUUAACACCCAUCCUUCCUCUCAACACAACAGACACUUGCUUGGCCUUGGAUGUACAGCUAUUAGAAGUCCCUGAAGGAAACCAGGACAUUGGAAAUGAAGGACCCAGUAAUGCUUCUCUUCAGUCCAGUCGGUCAUAUGGUUCUUUUUCCUGGUCCUUGUCUACCUCUGCCAAGUUCACUGACAUGGCCACACAUCCUUCAGUACAAGAAGAAGAAACCUGUAAAAUGAUUGGUUAUUUUCCAGAAGCCAAGUAUGACAUCAGAGACCACUGUGGAGGAAAGUAUGGGGGGAAAGUCACUGAAAGAGUCACAGGGCCUGCAUUUACAGAUGGCCCCUCUUUAGUUGACCCGGAAGGAGAAACAGAAGAAAGCAAAGGAGAUGAGCCGCCACACUCUCAGGUAGUACUGGAGUAUUCAGAAGGCAACCAUUCAAUGCUGACACACAGGACUUUCUCUCAUCAUCUGUCUGUUCAAGAUGUUGACUCAGCAAAGACAGGCAGUUCAGUCAAAGACCAGGCUGUGGACCCUGAUGCCUCUACGGAGGUUGAGGAGGCCAAACUAUUUAACAGCACAGAGGUCUACCCCACUGGCCAAGAUGGCACUCACAGGCCAGGUGCUUGGAGGCCAGGUCAGAGAGAUGAGAGGCCAAAUUCCUCUGUCAGUGGCUGCAGUCCCUUCUCAGACCUCUAUGCAGACUUCAGCACCACAGAGGAAGGAAAGGAACUUGGGAGCAUGCUGAAGUGCAGCCAGAACUCCAGCUCAUCCUUACAGCGGUGGCGGAAAUCUCCUGCCUUUUCCAACAGUUCUUUGGAGGGGGAAAGUUCAUGGUCUCUUCUGAACUCCAGCAGAAGUUCUUUCGUCUCAUUGCCAGGACAGAGCAGGCAAGAGCUCCUUGAUGCUCGCACCCUACAGCCUGAUGACUUCGAAAAGCUUCUGGCAGGAGUGACAAAUGAUUGGCUGCUUCAGAGACUGGAGAAUACUGGAGUUUUAAGGCCCAAUCAACUCCAGAGAGCACACAAUGCACUGCUGCUAAAAUAUUCCAAAAAGUCUGAGUUGUGGACAGCCCAGGAAACUGUGGUGUAUUUAGGGGACUACCUGAAAGUGAAGAAGAAAGGCAAGCAGAGAAAUGCAUUUUGGGUCCACUAUCUUCAUCAAGAGGAAACUCUGGGGAGAUACGUGGGGAAAGAAUACAAAGAGUGGAAGGGGCUCCGGCACCACUUCACUGACGUGGAGCGGCAGAUGACAGCGCAGCACUAUGUGACAGAAUUUAACAAGAGACUCUACGAACAAAAGAUUCCAACACAGAUCUUCUACAUCCCAUCGACAGUAUUGCUGAUUUUGGAAGACAAGACUAUAAAGGGAUGCAUCAGUGUGGAACCUUACAUGCUGGGAGAAUUCGUCAAGUUAUCAAAUAACACCAAAGUAGUCAAAACUGAGUACAAAGCUACAGAAUAUGGCUUGGCUUAUGGCCAUUUUUCUUAUGAGUUUUCUAAACACAGAGAUGUUGUAGUCGAUUUGCAAGGUUGGGUGACUGGCAAUGGAAAAGGCCUCAUCUAUCUUACAGACCCUCAGAUUCACUCUGUUGAUCAGAAAGACGUCACUACAAAUUUUGGAAAGCGGGGAAUAUUUUACUUCUUUAAUAACCAGCAUGCAAGUUGUAAUGAAAUAUGCCAUCGUCUUUCUCUGACCAGACCUUCCCUAGAGAAACCAAGUAACAUGUAGGCUGUAGGUUGGCAGUUUUACAGGCCUUCGGGAGCCUAGCAUCACAUCUCCCUCCUCUGGGGCACACAGCUUGGCAUGUAUUGAUCCUUUCAGCCAUUGGAUGAUUCCAGCCAUUGACUUACAAGAGGAAUUGAAAAGUGUCAAUUCCAGGCACAUGCUUGCCCCUUUAAGUUUACAGUUGACCUACGUUCCCCAGCCCCUCCCUCAGGAGCAUCCUCCAAUUGCAUCCAUUGUGUUCAAGUACAAGACUUUCUUCUUUAUUGCUGGAUAAUACUCCAGAUGUAUGAAAUCAAUGUGUUCAUGCAAAGUAAGACCAUAAGUGAGGCAUGAAAUAACAUUUGGAGGCAUUAGGACCUUUGAAUAUGGAUUGGGCAUUAGAUGAAAUUGCUGAGUGAUGUUUUUGAACUACUGAAGGCACAGGAGAGCAGAAAAGCGGGGGGGGGGGGGGGACUGUUCAAAGCAUCAAACCCUCUCCUGCAACUGUGCUGAUACUAGCACACAGGUCUAUGUACGUCACAGAUUUUCAGUCUCCAUGCUUUGUUCCUACAUGUAAGAUAUUUGAAAGGGACAUCAAAUAAAGUCUGAGGAAUGAACAGAGAUGAGGAAGAUCAAGAUUUUUAUCAAGCUAAGCAAGAAAAAAAAUAUAAGGAAAAGUAAAAAACUGUGUAAAGUCCUACAGAAAAAAUAGAAUCCGUACUGGAUGAGAGACUGAGGAUAAGGACAGUAAAAAGAGAUUGUGGCCAUUAACUGACAAAGAGACAUUAGAUGUCAUGAGACAGACAUCAGUGAACUAUUGAGUCCAUGGCCAUGAGUCAAGCCUACCAUGAAAGCCAUUUGUUGUUGCAAAGGUUGGUUUUUUUUAAGUGCUAUUCAAUAUCUCUCUGAAGAGGCUGAGAAGGACUGGCCCACCAAUGGACUCAACUCCACCCUCCAAACCCCCGAAUCAAGGGACAAGUAUAGGGCAAGGAAAUCCACAUUGCCCCACCUGUGGGAUCCAGGCCUUGUUAAAACCCUCACAUUAACAGCUCCCUUUGGAGUAAAUGCACUACUCUCUCCCCCUGGUCUCCAAAGCCUCCAGGCCAUCAGGGCUAUCAGCUGCUGAUGGGACCCAGACAUCCUUCAAUGCCAACCUAGGGACCCAUUAUGCGAAAGCAGGUGGAUUCACUACUCAGGGUGCAUAGUCAGAGCGUGCUGAUCUGGACCAGUCCUAUCCCCCAAAAUCACUGUUGCUUUACUUUCCAUUCCCUCCUUUGCUGGGCUCAGGAUGACCGUUUGCUGAGAUCAAGCUGUGCCUUAUCCCCAGUUAUUCCAUAUUAUUUUUAAACAGUGGUUUUGAAGACUUCCUCUGGGCAGAUUCUAUCUUAUAAACAACUUUGACUCCAGGUCAAGGUAAAGGAAAACCAGGUCCCUGAGUGGAGAAGUAAACACCAUCUAUUCACACAACACAGACUAACAAGUGGCAUUCCUUGGCGUAGACAGAGUGUCACCUAUUAAUUCACUGGGGUGAAUUGAGAUUGUAUUUGCACACAGGUUUAUUAAGACCAUAUCAGGGAAAACAAAUGUUCUUGAUACUUUUCUGUUGCUGUGUUAAAACACCAGAACCGAGGUAGCUUAUAGAAGAGUUUAUUUGGGCUUACGGUUGAAGAAGGACAAGAGUCCUUAAUAGGGGAACAAAGCCAUGACAACAAGCAGCAAGCACCGUGGCAGGAACAGAAAACCGAACACUUGAUGCCGCCAGGAAGUUGUGGCGCACACCUUUAAUCUCAGCAAGCAGAAGGCAGCAACAAACAGAUCUGUGAGUUCAAGGCCAACCUGCUCUACAGAAUGUGUUCUGUGACUGCCAGGGCUGUCCAGAGAAACCCUGUCUUGAAAACAAACAAACAAACAACAGAAGUAAUAAAGAAAACUGAGCACUCACAUUUUGAACCUUAAGACAGAAUCAAAGAAUGUGUAAGGUGUACUGGAAAUGACCUGAGACUUUUAAUCCCAAAGCCAAUCUCCAGUGACACACUUCCACCAAUACAGUUGCACUAUCUUAAUUGACACUAUCACCUGUGAACCAUGUGUUUACAUACCCAAGACUCUGGGCAUAUUCUUCUUUAAGUUACUACAUUCUACUCACUGGCCUGUUAGGCCCCUGGUCAUGUAAUACAAAUGCAUUUCAUUGAGCUUUGUAAGACCCCGUCAUUUUUCACAGUUUCUGUACUGUUCCAAAGUCCAAAGUUGCUUUUAAGACUCAAGACUCUUCAUUGUAACCCUCAGUAAAAAUCAAAAAGCAAAUCACAUACUUCCAACAUAGAAUAUGUAUUCCCAUUCCCAAAGGGAGGAAUUGGGGCAUAAUGGGGAAAUACUGGACCAAAACAAGAUAGAAACCAAUCAGGGCAAAUAUCAAAUCCUGUAGCUCCAGAUCUCUUCAGAUCUCUUGUCUGAGGUUUUCAUUUCAUAGGGAUUAGGUGGUUCCACCUCUCCAUCUUUGCUGAUGUCAUACUCUCUCUCUCUCUCUCUCUCUCUCUCUCUCUCUCUCUCUCUCUCUCUCUCUCUCUCUCUCUCUCUCUCUCUCUCUCUCUCUCUCCUGCUUACUUGAUUUCCUGUAAGCUGCCCUCCUUGGCAGAUAUCUCACAGCUCUGGCAUCUCUAAUAUACUGUGGUCCUUUAAUAGUUUGAAUGAGGACUGUCUCCCAUGGUCUUGGGCAUUUGAGCAAUUGGUCCCCUGCUGGUGAUUCUAUUUGGGGAAGGUUAACAGCUCUCUGAAACCACAGAGAAAGAAUUAAUGAUCCCUUCCAACCUUCACUCAUCCUCCAUGAUCCUAAAGCCAGCACCACAAGAACCACACUGCCAAGUUUGGCUUCCAGUUUGGAAUGAGCCCCAGCACCUUGUAUUUUAUUUGAAAUUGCUUUCUAGGAGCAGAACACACCUUAGCCUUUUCCUUUCACAAAUCGAAAGAGUAUCUGGGUGGGAUGUUGCCGAAAGGACACCAUUUCUCUUUACUACAGUGCAGUGCAGGAGGUCUCUCCUUAGUGGCACUAAUCCCCCUUUCUCAUUUAUCACAAACCUUCCCUGCAACGUUAAGUUUAGUGGUGUUGUUUUUCUCUUCAAACUACAUGUUCUGUAUUUCUGCCUCACUUGUUCUUUUUCCAUUGUAGAUCUGUAUAAUGUUCAUCCGUAAUGACUAUGCUGGGGGCUGGAAAAAUGGCUCAGCAGUUAAAAACACUGGCUGCAUUUCCAAAGAACCCAGGUUCUAUUCCCAUAACCCCCACGACAGCUCACAGCCAUCUGUAACUCCAGUCCCAAGUGAUCCAGUCCCCACUUCUGGCCUCUGAGAAAAUCAAGUAUGCGUGUGGUACACAACCAUGCAUGUAGACAAAAUACCUACAUACAUAAAAAUCAGUUAACUAAGUUAAAAUAAUAACAGUAAUCACACCAUAGAUUUAAUGUUAUGCUGCCCUAAAAUGGUCUCCACCAAAGAAACUCAUUCAAUGGUUUUUAAUUUAGCCUCAGACAAGUUCUUAGGAAGGGACAGAAAGUAGCCAGAUUCUUUGACAACCUAUCAUAGGAACAGUGUCCAUAAAAGUUGUUAAUAUUGAUAAAACAAUAUUAACCUCUUGGGCUGGACACAGAGGACCAGUCACUCUGUGUCCAGUCUCCUGCCCUAAAGAACCAUGAGGAAAUCAACACAUGCUAUUUUAAGUUGGCACAUUUGAUACAUGCAACAAUGGCAUGAAGGGGUUGGGAGCUAGGACUAUCCAAGGCUUCCUCAGAGGCCCUGAUAUCCUUACCCAGGGUCACACUUGGCUAGGCCAGUCUAGGGCUGGGACCAGGACCCUAAAGGAGUCAAGGUUGUGGCUUUUUUGGAACCCAACUCUCGCCACUGAAGGCCUGCGGUCAUUUGUCUUAAGGUAGCUGUAUUUGAGGUAUCCUGUGUUCUCCUUUCCAACAUUGCUUAAUUAGCUUCCUGCUGACUCUAUCCCAUUUUCCACCUCCAAACAGAAUAUAAGAUGCUGUACUCCUUAAUAAAUUUGAUUAACAUAAGUGAUAAGCUUAUGCAAAAUCUCCUGGUCCAAGCUUUCUGUCUGUUUUGUUUUCUCAUCCCUGGUCCUUCUCAAACCCUUUAUUCCUGUGGGUUGAGGUCACUCAUUGACCAGUGAACUUGGCCACAUUGAUUAGCACCAGGUUCAGUGUGAGCCCUGUAUCAAAAAUUAAGAUGGGGAAUGAAAGAGGAGGAUGAUUAGACCUCUAGCCUCCAGAUAAACACAAACAUGAUCAAACACACACACACACACACACACACACACACACACACCAGGGCAGAAGAUCCUAGCCCAGAUGCUCAUGAUGAAUAAAGAAAAUGUGUUAUCCAUACAUACAAAAUGAACUAUUAUACAAUCAUAUCAAUGAAAGUGUGUCAUUGCAGGAAAAUGUUAAGCAAAACAAGCUCGACUCAGACAAAACUGUGUGCUGUCUCCAUGUGAAGGGCUCAGAAAGUAAACAAACGUAAAAUGUUCGGAAGCUUUAAACCUAAAAGCUCACAAGGCCCUCCCCAGGGUUACAUAAGCAGUUAGCAUUUCUGGGAAAGAUAUUCUCUGACCCAACUGGAUGAGCUUUCAGGGGGCUAGCUCUAAGGGAAUGGCUUUCAUGAAUCACCACCCAUGCUGGGGUGGACUUUCGGGUUACAGUAGCUGGCUUUGAGUCACCCGUGCUCCUGUAAGUAACCCCAAUAAACUUAGUGAUUCACUAA